CUUCUGUUUCAUGUCAACUUUAAGAGUCUGAUGUCAUGUUUUUGUUUUCACACAUUGACCACAAGUUUUUUUGCCACUAGCUUUAAAUAGAAAACGAGUGCUGACUACAUCUACAACGAACAAGAUCAUUUAAUGUUUGAAGGUUAAAGAGCAGAAAUGGCUGAUGGUAUUUAUGAAGAUGUGAUCAGGACUGAGUCUGAGGGAAUGAACACAGACAGAAUGGAGAUGAUAGUAGAAAUCUAUGAGAGUGCAGAAUGUGUGAGAGAUCAUGACUUCAGGACAGAGACAAACACACACCAACCACUUCAGCGUACAGGAAGUGAUUAUGUGAAGAUCAGAAGCUCCAGGGCAGCUGCAGUGUGUUUGGUGCUGCUGUGUGUUCUUCUGCUGACUGCAGUCAUAGUGCUGUGUGUCCACAUUCAUACAAAGAGCUCAAACUACACAGCAGAGACACACCAGCUACUAAUUAACAUCACCAACCUCACAGAAGAGAGAGAUUGGCUGAAAAUAAAGAACAAAAACCUGACCAUUGAGAGAGACCAGCUACUAACUAACAUCACCAACCUCACAGAAGAGAGAGAUGGGCUGAAAAUAAAGAACAAAAAUCUGACCAAUGAGAGAGAUCAGCUAAAAUUGGAGAAAAAUGAUCUUCUUGGUAAAACGGAUGGAUGGGUUUGUUAUCAAUCCAGUCUUUACUUCAUUUCCUCUGAGCAGAGGAACUGGACUGAGAGCAGAAGAUACUGUACAGAGAGAGGAGCAGAUCUAAUCAUCAUAAACAACAGAGAGGAACACGAAUUUGUCAAGAAACGUUUUUUUGGUUUCUGGAUUGGUCUGACUGACAGUGAUGUGGAGGGUAGAUGGAAAUGGGUUGAUGGCACCAACAUGACCUCUGGGUUCUGGGCGACUGGAGAGCCUGAUAAUAACAAUGAUGAUGAAGACUGUGCUUUGACUUCUUCACCAGGAUGGAAUGAUUAUCAAUGUAAAAGAACAUUAAGAUGGAUCUGUGAGAAGAAUGUUUUUAAAUGACACAUUUCAAUAAAUAUGUGAGCAUAAUGCAUUAUGAACACAAGCAACUCAUAAUAAUUCAAUAAAGCAAAAUGUAAUAACUGCACUUAAUGUUAUGAGUAUGACAUUACUAAUAGCUUAAAUUUUUUUUCUACUAAAUUUUAAACCAGCUACAAAAUGCCUCAGAUUUAAAUAUUCAUGAAAUAAUUACUAAUUCUACUGUACAUUACUACU